ACUGUGAAAAGCAGCCAUUUGCUUGCUGAAAUCCAAAAGGAAAAGCUUAGCACCAUAAGCAGACUCGUCAAGCUAACGGGGCCUCAUCCUUAGAACACAGAAGAUGUGGCGGUGCGGUCUACUCGUUGUCUUGGUCACCGCGGUUUCAGGCGCAGCAGGUGAGGGUUGUGAUAAGGUAUGUCAGAAUGGCGGAACCCUUCGCGAAGAUGUUUGUGAGUGCACGUGUCUUCGAGAAAACAAAGGAGAGUUGUGUGAAGAAACACUGUGUGGACCGCCCUGUGAGAAUGGAGGAACGAUGGACAUGGUCACGUGCACCUGUUCCUGCCCUGAUGGAUGGUAUGGGGCUCUCUGUGCAGAUGAAUGUACGAUCACCUGCGAGAACUUCGGCAGACGUAACGCUGCCUGUGGGUGCGACUGUCCCCCCGGCUUCACGGGGGACCGCUGCCAGACACCUCCACCGUGCGGCAUCCAGUGUGAGCACGGAGGGUUGAGGGUGGAUGACAACUGUUCGUGUACUUGCCCCGACACCUGGACGGGCCAUCAGUGUGAGAUCUGUAGCCGUCAGUGUGGGGCGAAUGGUUUCCUGCUGGACGCGCUCUGUCUCUGCAGCUGCAGGGACGGCUUCACUGGAGAUUCCUGCGAAAUCCCGCCCCCUUGUGAUCUGACCUGCACCUCCCCACAGACCCUGGACAACGCAACGUGCACCUGUACUACCCCAGAGCCGUGUGACAGGGUGUGUGAGAACGACGGCCUCCUGGUGGAGUCUGUCUGUGUUUGCAGCUGUGCCUAUGGCUUCACUGGGAAAUCUUGCGAGAUAUGUGACGUGACGUGUUCCCUCCCGCAGAUAAUGAUUGAAGGCAAAUGUGAAUGUAAAGAGAACCCAAUCUGUGCAUCAAUCAGAAAUGCAAGCAUGUGUGGUUUCCUGAUCUAUGGAGAGGUGUGCAAAUGUGCUUAAGAUGAAUAGCACAAUGGAUAAGUACCUGCAUCCAGUGAAAAACAGAGGCGUAUUUAGCGUUCGUAGCAAAUAAAGUAUCACUGUCG